CACAAACAGUUCCUAAGCAAGCUCAGAAACUGCCCAUCGGCAAAAAGCUAUUCAGCUCUUGCUAAGGUCACAUUGACGCAAGUCAUCCUGUUCAACAGAAGAAGAGAAGGUGAGGUAUCACGAAUGCUUUUGGCAGCUUUUAAAAGCAGGGAUUCUUCUGAGCUACAUGAAGACCUAGCGAUCUGUCUUUCGGAGUUCGAGAGAAAGUUGUGUCUGCACUUCACCCGAGUUGAGAUCCGUGGUAAACGAGGGAGAAAGGUUCCUGUGCUUCUCAAGCCUUCAAUGGUUUCUGCCAUGGAGCUGCUUGUUGAAACACGUGAGGUUUGUGAAGUCCCAGCUGAGAAUCCUUUUCUGUUUGCCAGAUCAGGAGCAAUGUCUGCAUACCGAGGAGGAGAGUGCAUUUACAGAGCUGCUCAGGAAUGUGGCAUAAAGAAUCCAGAAGCACUGUCAUCAACUAAGCUGAGGAAACACAUAGCAACCAUGUCAAAAAUCUUGAACCUUGAUGAGAACGAAGCAGAUCAAUUGGCUGAUUUCCUCGGUCAUGAUAUCAGAAUCCACAGACAAUAUUACCGCUUACCGGAGGGGACGCUGCAGCUGGCAAAGAUGAGCAAGGUCUUGUUAGCAAUGGAAAAGGGAACACUCUCAGACUUCAAAGGAAAGACGCUUGAUGAGAUUGAAAUUGACCCAAAUGAACAAUUUGAACCCCUCGUUAAUGAUAUGUCAAGUGAUGAGGAGGAUUGCAGCGACCCAUCUCAGUCAGCAUCCCCAGAAGAGACGGCUCAACUGUCUGGAUCACAAAAGGAUCAAAGUUCUUUAAAGGCUCCAAAAAGAAAAUGGGAGGACAUUGAGGUAAAAGCAAUAGAAAGGCACAUGAUGAGGUUCAUCAAGACAUGCAAAGUUCCUGGUAAGCAAGACUGUGAAAGAUGCAUUGAAGCAGAGCCAGAGGCUUUGAAGGAGCGAACAUGGACUGGCCUGAAAAACUAUGUGCGAAACAGGAUCACAACUCUCAAAAAAAAGGGUGCUUUGUAGCCGUGUAGAAGUAAAAUGACUUUUCAAUAUUCAGCACUUUUUUGAAUUUUGUUUCAUAAGCUGUUCACCACUAUGUGUUUAACACUUUUUCAUUUUCUCUUGAAAAAACAGUUGUUAAAAGUAGAAGUGAAAGGGAUGAAAAGAGGGAGGAGUGAAAGUGAAGUAGACGGAAAAGAGGGAGGAGUGAAAGUGAAGUAGAUGAAAAGAGGGAGGAGUGAAAGUGAAGUAGACAAAAAGAGGGAGGAGUGAAAGUGAAGUAGACAAAAAGAGGGAGGCGUGAAAGUGAAGUAGACGAAAAGAGGGAGGCGUGAAAGUGAAGUAGAGGAAAAGAGGGAGGAGUGAAAGUGAAGUAGAGGAAAAGAGGGAGGAGUGAAAGUGAAGUAGAGGAAAAGAGGGAGGCGUGAAAGUGAAGUAGAGGAAAAGAGGGAGGAGUGAAAGUGAAGUAGAGGAAAAGAGGGAGGAGUGAAAGUGAAGUAGAGGAAAAGAGGGAGGAGUGAAAGUGAAGUAGAGGAAAAGAGGGAGGAGUGAAAGUGAAGUAGACGAAAAGAGGGAGGAGUGAAAGUGAAGUAGACGAAAAGAGGGAGGAGUGAAAGUGAAGUAGACGAAAAGAGGGAGGAGUGAAAGUGAAGUAGACGAAAAGAGGGAGGAGUGAAAGUGAAGUA